CCAACUUAACUGUGACUCAGUUCACCUACAAUUUAAUAAUUCCUAUGUUUCUUUUUGGUAAUUUGCAAACUAAAAAUUGCAAAUUUGUAAGAAGCCAUGUACAUAUACAGAGGUAUACAACGCUUUAGAACAUCAGGUUCCUCAAUUAUUAACCGUUUAACAGUGCCACAGUUGAAAAGAAAAGCCUCCAAUUCAUGGUCUGCUAUUCAAGACACUUUUUAUUCAACAAAGGAUAUAUUUGAGAGGCAUAAGGUGGUGUUCACAAUCUCAACAUCUAUAGCAUCAGUUGCUACAGCAUGGUUUGGUUAUACUUUACGACAUCUUCAUCAAUCAAGAAUUGACCACCGUCUCGAAUCUAUAGAGAAAGCUAUGAAGAAUAAUUAUCAAAUUGAAGAUCCUGAAUUUAAGAAGCUUGUGUCUGGUUCCAUUAGUGUACCAGCGUGUGUUGCAACUGCUGGAACCACACUAAUUCUCGGGUAUGGCUUGGGUUUUCGAGGUGGAAAAUGGUACGCGGCCAGAAAGUUUAGAACGGAGCAGAUGAAACUGUUGGGACAAAUAAAACCCAAGAGAUGGCCACUCAGGUUUUUACGACGACCCCUCAGGUUUUUACCACGACCACUAAUAAGGCCUAAAUCACCAGAAAAUCUAGUUACAGCAUCAGAAACAUUACCAAAGGGUGCAUCUGCUUCCACAGUUGAGAACUCCCCUAACUUGCUGACAAAAUGA